ACCAGCAGAUACACAGUCCAUCGUCGUCGAAGGCCGAUGAUGAUUGAUGAAUCUACUUGCGCUGCAAGUUAGCUCUCCUUUUUGAACUCGAAGCGGUCGGGAACGGUGGUGGUGUUCGCAGUAGGAAACGCAGAGAUGUCAUCCACUACUAGCAUGCUUAGCAAAGACGAGGUUGCUUCAAUGAGAAUCAACUACAAGUCCCAUGGUUUGAAGCUGGAAGAAUUUGACAAGAAGGAGCCAUUGGCAAUGUUUGAUGCUUGGUUCAAAAUGGCAAAAGAAUGUCCACUUAUCGGAGACGCAAGUUGCAUGUCUUUGGCUACUGUUUCAGAGGACUGCAAGCCUUCUGUUUGUGUCAUCUUACUAAAAGGAUAUGAUAAAACUGGAUUUCGAUUUUUCACUCAUUACAGUAGCCGGAAAGGAAAGGAAAUGGAGAAGAACCCAAAUGUUGCUGUCAUGUUUUAUUGGGAGCCGUUGGAGCGUCAGGUGAGAAUCGAGGGCAAAGUGCAGAAAAUGUCUGAGAGUGAAUCUGGGAAAUAUUUCCAUAUGAGACCAAGAUUUAUGCAACUUUAUGCAUUGGCCAGCAAUCAAAGCUGUGUUAUUGAGAGCAAAGAGGCACUUGAAAAUCGAUAUGCAGAUCUCGAGAAAAAGUACGAGGGUGUUGAAAUACCAAAGCCUGACUGUUGGGGUGGCUAUCAGCUGAUUCCUGAAACAUUUGAGUUUUGGUGCGGUGGAAAGGGACGCAUGCAUGACAGGGUGGUAUUUCGAAGGCCUGGCCCAGCCGAUGCUCAAGGCAAAAACCCUUUUGCAAAAAUUGGAGACGAUGGAUGGGUGUAUGAGUUCUUGUCCCCUUAGGUAGGCUUUAUUUUGAAUAGAGCUCAAGAGUUGUGUAUUCACGUAGAGUUGUAGUUUGCAAUUUCAUUGAAUUUGAACAUGCGGGUAAAGUUUCUUAUUUUUAAAUUACCUGAAAAUCAUUAUUACUUUUAUGUUUAAGCAUAAUAAAAUGACAUGUGUCACUUUUUGUAGCACUGGUGCAAAUAAACACGGGCAAUAAUUUAAUACAGUCAACUCUGUCUAAUUUCAAACUCGUGUAAUCUGAACUUUCUAUAACUUGAACAAGAUUCUCAGGUUCCAAAAAUUUUGCUCUGAUAAAUUUCCUUUUCCGUCGUUGGCUUUAACAUCCUUCACCAAGAUCUUAACCAGAUAAAUGGCAAAUAAAGCUUUAUUGAGGUUCCACUGUGAUUUCAAAUAUGUGAUGUUUCAUUUUUGGAUUAAUCGAAUCUGUCCCAUAUUUUCAGUCACUGGUGUUUUGAGCAAAUGAUUUGAUGAAUCAAUCACAUAAAUCUAACCCUAACAAGAAUUAGGUAACUUGGUACCUUUAUUGAGUUUAAAACCCAUAAUUAAAACAACGCACAGUUUGCCAGUAUCGGCUUCAUUCGAGUUAUUAAAGCCCUUUUCUUGGAAUCAAAUAUUUAUUAAUUGACAGAUAUCUUCCAGUUACGGAAAUCCCCUUUGAAUCAAUAAAAACGUCUUUACAUAUUUAAUGCCUUGUGGAAACAGCCUUGAGACAAUCGACUGUAAUUCGGUAUAUCCAAGCUUACUUUUGUUUUUAUUAUAAUGGACAUUAAUUGAUUUAUUGACAGAAGCUCAAACCACCUUAGUAUCUGUCGAUUGUCGAUUUCCAAAAUUGCGUUUUUUUGUAUUUAGCAAGCAUUUGCAGUACACACUUUUUUAUAAGAAUAUAGUCUAUAAGAGUAUUAAAGCUCAAAAUUGUUGAUAUUUAAGAGUAAUUUCAAAAAAACAUUUUUUGUUUAUUUGCAUUUUUUUGGAAAGCAAAACAAAUGCAAGUUUCACGCUAUAUGUUUUAAAAAAGAUGUAUGCGGCCUUGGAAUCAUCAACUCUGUAAUGUUACUCAUUUACGCCUUGUGUCACUAAAGAAUAGUUUAAGAAUAAUCUUAGGCUCGAAAUAAAAAAAGAUUUAAGAAUAUUGAGGCUAAGCAAAAAAUUAGGUAUUCUUAUGAAGGAAGUGUGCACAUACUGUUAAUAUAGAACCUCUGAUAUAACGAACUUCCCGGUAUAACGAACUUAAUGUUUGGUCCCUUGGAUUCUGCCUAACAAACUCCUUACAAAUUCUCUCGCUAUAACGAACACCUGAUAUAACGAACUCUCGUUAUUACGAACCAAUUUUUCGAUCCCUUCAUCAUAAUUACCCUCGAUAUAA